UGUAUUUUGUGUCAAAUCUACAUUUCAGAAGUGAAAUUGUCCGAUACAGGAAAUUGCUUUGCAGUUUCAUUGCUCGGAGCAGAAAGUAUUGAUGACAAGACGAAGGAAGGGCAUGUUUUAGCGACAUGUGUGGUUAGUGCCUCCUCUCAAGCACACAUCUAUAAAGAAGAUGAGGAGUUUGGUUAUGUUUUACCGCCACCACAAACUUAUUUCAGUCAUUUAAGUAUCAUGGAUACUGCAAUUUGGGGAAAAUUGGCUAUCUAUUGCAUCAAGAGGAACUCUGAUCAACAAUAUUUUGGGUACGUGGACAUUAAGAAGGAGGUAUAUAUUACUCUUGAGAAAGUUUAUAUUAGUAGAGAAAACUUGCCUGUGCAUAUUGAUGUCGUUGCUGCAUUGCUUGGAACAGAAAAGAUGUAUGACAAGACAAAGAACACGUAUAUUUUUGCAACAACGAGUGUAGUGGGUGCUCCUGCUUCAAUGCCGGUUAAUUGCAUAAGAUUUACUGAGCAUAGCAACAUAACCAAGAGACCUUAUGCCAAUAUAACAUUUGUUAGCAGAUUUGUUGAGAAUAUUACCCCGUUAAAGUAUUUACUAGUUUGAAUGUAGACGUUGGUAUAACAAGAGUCCUCUUGUCGUGUUUGAAUA